GUGAGGAGCAGCCCGAUUUCCGCAUUGAGCUCCACACCGUUAUUAAAUAACUCGGUUCCGCUUCAUUAUCACACCGGAUCGAGCAGGUGAAAGUAACGCACCAUGUCGGUCGAUGGAGGAGCUGAUGGAGACGGUGGACAUGAGUUCCCGGCUCAUUACAAGGUGAUGCUGGAUAAACUGAAUGAACAGAGGAGGCUCGACCAGUUCACUGAUAUCACGCUGAUUGUAGAUGGUCAUCAGUUCAGAGCCCAUAAAGCCGUGCUGGCUGCCUGCAGUCAGUUCUUCUAUAAGUUCUUCCAGGACUUCACUCAGGAACCGCUGGUGGAGAUCGAAGGAGUGAGUAACGGCGCAUUUCGUCACCUGAUGGAGUUCACCUACACGGCCACGCUGGCCGUGAGCGGAGACGAGGAGGUGAACGAUGUGUGGAGAGCGGCGGAGUAUCUCCAGAUGCAGGAGGCAAUCAAAGCUCUGAAAAGCAAAUCGAAGGGUGCGGUCAGUGCCAGCGCAGUGAAGAGCGAAUCACAUUCUCCGUCACCCAAACACGAAGCAAAGAAGAGAAAAAUCUCAAACGUCGAGAUCUCAAACGUGAUCGCCGAGCCCGUGCCGUCGGCCGAGACGGCGCCGCUGGAGAUCCAGGUGGAGGUGGAGGACGAACACAUCGAGGUUCAGGAGUGCCUGAUGGAGGAGGAGGUGACGGACGGGGCGAGAGGAGAAACGGACGAGUCGGCGCUGGUCCUGCUCGCCGACAUCACCAGCAAGUACCAGCAGGAUGCGUCCGACGUGAAGAGGAGCGUAGAGGAGGAGGUGCAGGUGGCGCAGGAGGAGGCGGUGAUGGCCGCCAAGGCUCUGGGGGGUGUCGAGGUGGUGGAGGUGCAGAUCUCGGAUAACGACAUGUUCCACUGCGACAAGUGCGACCGCUGCUUUAAGCUCUUCUACCACCUCAAGCAGCACAUGAGGACCCACACGGCGGCCGCCGAGAAGCCCUUCGUGUGCAAGCAGUGCGGGAAAUCGUACGCCCGGGAGGGCGCGCUCAGGCAGCACCUCGUCUACGCCUGCCACUACGACCCCAGCGAGUCCCGAAAGCUGAAGAGGAAGGUGCACAUGUGUGUCUACUGCAACAAAGAGUUCGACCACUUAGGGCACUUCAAAGAGCACCUGCGCAAACACACGGGUGAGAAACCCUUCGAAUGUCCCGACUGCCACGAGCGCUUCGCCAGGAACAGCACCCUGAAGUGUCACAUGUCGGCCUGCCAGAACGGAGCCGGCGCCAAAAAAGGCAGGAAGAAACUCUACGAAUGUCAGGUGUGUGGUGAGGUGUUCAACAGUUGGGACCAGUUCAAAGAUCACCUGGUGAUCCACACGGGCGAGAAACCCAAUCACUGCACGCUGUGCGACCAGUGGUUCACUCACUCGCGGGAGCUCGGCGUCCACCUGCAGCAGGAGCACCCGGAGGCCGCGGAGGACGGCGCCACGGCGGAGGAGCGGGUGGAGCUGCAGGUCGGCGUGAUGGAGCAGCAGGUGGUCCUGCCGGGCGGAGUGAUGGUGGAGGGACACGUGGCGCUGCAGGACGGCGUGGUGGAACAGGUGGUGGUGAUGGAGGGUCACGUGGAGCUCCAGGACGGCGCGGUGUUGCCGGGCGGGGUGAUGGUGGGGGAGGGGGUGGAGCUGCACAACGGGAUGAUGGGGGAACGGGUGGUGCUGCAGGACGGAGUGAUCGUGGAGGAGGGCGUGGUGAUCUCGGGAGGCGACGACGGAGAGACGGUGCUGAUACAGGUGGAGGAGGACGGCGUGAAGGAGGAAGCUCAGACUGUGACCGUAUGAAACGGAUAGUGGAUUGUGGACGGACGAUAUUUAUUUUUACAAGCAGAUCAUAAUUCUCCUACAUCAUCCAGUGGUGUGAAAAAGUAUUCGCCCCCCUAUUGAUUGCUACAGUUAUUGCGUAAUUGUUCUAUCACAUGAUCACUUCUUUUCACCUGAUUCUGUGAAUCAUCUGUCCCUCAUGUAGGUGCCUCGUCCAGCCAGCAGAGGGCGCAAUCGACCACCCCGUCAUGUCUGUGUGGCACAGCUGAGACUCAAAUUCCAGAGCUCGACAUCUCAGAUCGCUUCUUUUCACCUGCUAGGGGCAGAGUAGCGAGUGCAGAAAGCCACGCACUGCCAUCCGUGAGAUAGUAUUUGUCAGCAGGAUUGUCCCUCCCACUAGACACACACACAGUCAGUCGUGUGUCUGUGUAGCCGCCCAGCUGGCUGAUAGCUGUGUGUUAAAUGUAUAGAACCUGGGUUAUAUCAGACAGGUGCAAAUACUUUUUCACACCACCGUUGCAACAGUAAAGUCCAACUAGAAACAUAAAUUUGGUAUUUGGUUACCAGAAGCUGUUUUCCGGACGAUUUGAGGGUGAAAUAUAUCAUGAAGGCGUGUCCCAAUAAUUCUGAACAACAUACAAAUAAAACAACCAACAAACACCCUUAACAUUAACCGAUACACCGAUCAGCCAUAACAUUAAAACCACCUCCUUGUUUCUACACUCACUGUCCAUUUUAUCAGCUUCACCUACCAUAUAGAAGCACUUUGUAGUUCUACAAUUACUGACUGUAGUCCAUCUGUUUCUCUACAUACCUUAUUAGCCUACUUUCACCCUGUUCUUCAAUGGUCAGGACCCCCACAGGACCACCACAGAGCAGGUAUUAUUUAGGUGGUGGAUGAUUCUCAGCACUACCGUGACACUGACAGACACAGCAGCGCUGCUGGAGUUUUUAAAUACCACGUCCACUCACUGUCCACUCCAUUAGACACUCCUACCUAGUCGGUCCACCUUGUAGAUGUAAAGUCAGAGACGAUCGCUCAUCUAUUGCUGCUGUUCGAGUCGGUCAUCGUCUAGACCUGCAUCAGUGGUCACAGGACGAUGCCCACGGGGCGCUGUCGGCUGGUAAGUGGAGCUGAUAAAAUGAACAGUGAGUAUAGAAACAAGGAGGUGGUUUUAAUGUUAUGGCUGAUCGGUGUAUAUCGGUGGAGUCCUGAUUCUAUCUCUCGAUUUCAUUUCAGACAUCAGUGGCACCUGAAUAAUCAAAUAUCUUAUCAAAUCAUAAGUCUGACAAUGAUUGGACGAUUACAUAACAUCAGCCUGUUAGCCAAUGAGAUCCAGUACAUGCCCUCCAUAGCAAACAGGGAGUCUGAGGGAGUGGCUCGGUUCUAACUCGGUUCGCUGUACGAUACAGCCUGCGAUGUCUCUCCGGCCAGCGCGGGGGCGGUGCAGGUAGCAAGAGAAGUUCAGUAGGUGAUUGGCAGCCCUGGUAGUAAAUGUGAUGUCGGUUGAACUGAUUUAUUGGUACACGCCUUCAAAAUCAGACAGGAAUGUGAAUAAAUAAACACUUUUAUUUACUUUAACGAUCAGUUUCUUUAACACCAAUGCGUCUCUGUUUUCAUUCUUUCAUGUUUGUCUUUUUUUUAUAUGAAAACGUUUCGUUUGGUUUCGAUCAUGCCGAUAUUCAGCUUUACUUCAGACUCAGACUCAUUCUGUAUGAACAACUAUUUUUUAUUAAACUGAUGUGUGUAUAAAUCAGAUAAAUCCAGUUCUGUGAAAUUGUGUGGCCGAAAGUAUUUGGACACCCGACCAUAAGCUUGUUGGACGUCACAUACUAAAAACAAACAGUAUUAAAAGAACAGCCGCUCCUCUGAGAAAGCUUCUGACAAGAUUCUCUGAAGAAUUUGUACUGAUGUUGGUCGCAAAAAUCUCAGUUGAUGUUCCAGUUUGUUCCAAAGCUGUUCAUUAGGGCUGAGGUCAGGGCUCUGUGCAGAACACCAGAGUUUGUGUGUACACAGUCACACAAACAUAUAAUGUUCUUUAGGUCAUUGAUUUAUUAUACUUGUUAACAAUUGAAACACACGAAUUCAGUCAUUUCAAGGGGUGUCCAGAUACUUUUGUCCAUACAGUGUAUGAUUAAAAUAAAGACUGAAUCAGAUCAGAAGCCUGAAUAUCAGAAUCUCAUCAGUUCAUUUCAGAUGCUUGUUUAUUUGUACAGAGAAUAAAAUGAAU